CCUCCUCUUUCAUAGAAAAAUAUACACUGACAAUAUGACUACAGUUAUCUGUGCUUGCUAUAAUUAGAGCUGUUGGCUGGCAGUAUAUUCUCAUCUCUAUUGACGAGCCAACCCUGAAAAAUAGUAUGUGGGCUACUUAGUCUGGUCAUAAUGCGUCCGGUAUGUUUGUGGAGAACCGUGUAGAUGGUUUUUCCGCAAUCAUACGGAAAAGAAUCGCCUCCGUCAAAAAUAGGUUAGAGAGGAGUCCCUAUAUUAUUUUGAAGGUGAUAGCCGACAGACAGGACAGCGCAUUCAAAGCGCACUGGAUGUCUGCUUUAGUUUAGUCAAAUCCGACCGCAUAAAUGCACUGAGAAAACAAUAUGAUGCAUUUUUAGAAGAAGAUAAAAAACGCAAGGAUCGUAAUGAGUUUAUUUUGGGAUGUCUAGACAAAGUGAGCUCAAGAUCGUUCGAUAAGUCAGUGUCAAUGAAGGCCAUAACAUCGAAUACUUGUUCUAGAAAAAUGCUCGAAACACCCACAUUUGAUCAUCACGAUACAAUUUACAAAGACUCAGUCAAUGCAAUUGCCCCCAUGUCUAUGUUUUCAAAUAAACAAGUCUUAUUGAAAGAAUUGAGCAAAGACUAUAUAUUAAUCCCAAAAACGAAUAUUAUCCAUGAAUCUAAUAUUAUUAAUCUUUCAAUCCAAAAUAAACAUCCGGAUGAAAAUAAAGAUUCAGACUGGAGAACUAAGUACAAUAUAUUAGAUGAAUUGAAACAAACUCAAAAAGAAAUUAGGCCGGAAGUAACAAAAGAAGAGGAUAAAAUAUUUUCUGAAUAUAAUGACAGGGAUUUUAUGAAAAUUGAACAAAAGACAAAUGAUUUCAUUUUUCCAGAAAAGGAUAUCGAUGGUUCAAAAAGCAAAGAGAAUUAUGAAGAAAUUAAGACAUGUUCUAAAUUCUUACCCAGUAAGGAAAUUCACGCCAAUUCUAAAAAUAAAAAUUUUGAAUGCGUAAUAAACAAUGAUCCACUAAAAUUUACUGAAAAACCUACUCAUAUUGAGAGUCUCCCAAAUGAAAUCAAUUCAUAUGUAAUGUCUAAUUUAAAUGUAACAAAUCAAACGCGAAGAAGCGAUGGCGAUAGUAACGUUAGUGAGGUUACAGAACCAGGAAUGAAUAAAUAUCAAUCAAACCAAAAAAUAUACGGAUCCAUUUAUAAAGAAAAUGAAACAAAUCAGGAACAAUUAGAAUUGAGUAAAGUAGCUACUAAAAGUGAAGAGCAAGAGUUCAAUACGGAAAUAUUACUAGAUUCCAAGCACAAUAUUAUAACGGAAAUAGACAGUACAAUUGAAUCCAAUUUGCAAUCCUUGCAUUUGGAACCUGUUGCAAAACAACAACCUGAAGAGACAGCUGUGAUAAGCAAUGUAUAUGCUCAAGAAAUAAAUCCUCAAAAUGAGUCGACAGAGAGUGACAUACCCGAUGAUGUUGUGACGGAUUUGAAAGAUGUUACAGGUGAAAGUGAAAAUGAUCCAAACAACUAUGAGCAACAUAUUGAAGAUACCAUUACUACACGUCCAGAAGCGGACAUUGAGCAUGAACAAUCCCAGAUAGAAGAAUAUGAAAACGAACAAAGAAAUUUAUUUUAUUCUGAAAGUGCUGAUGAGAAUUACAUUUACAAUGAAGAAACGGCACACCCAGAAAACGUAAAUAAUGAACAGUAUUCGUAUUAUGAAGCAGUCAAAGAUCAACCUGCUUAUGCUGCGGAAAUUGACGAACAUUUGGAGACGAAUGAACGUUAUGAUCCUAAUUAUGAACAACAAUACGAUAAUGUUUAUCAAGAAAAUCAAUACCAACAACAGAUUCACGAAGAUUACAUUACUCAAGAAGAUAAUUUAAAUUAUGAACGACAGCAAUAUGAAGUUUAUGAAGGCCAAGAAGAUCCUAAUCUAAACUAUAACCAGCCUAUGCAACAAAACUAUGAAAAUCAAAAUUCUGAGCAGAGUAAUGUGAUUGCGAACGAAGAACAACAGCAAAUUCAAGACCCAAUCAUGAGUAUUUCUAACGAAAAUGAAAUGAACAUACCACAAUCAUCCACGGCUUACAUUCCUCAGUCCCAAGUUAUACUUACCGAAACAUUGGCGAAUGUAGAACAACAAUUGGAUGUAGAGGAUGAAUAUAUUGAGGAUAAAGCAAAUGAGGAAAAUGAUGAUAAAAAUCUUACACUUUCGCCGAAAGAUUUGCAUCAUCCGAGUGAUUUAAUACAAGCAUAAGCUAUUCAUCUCUACGCGAUAUUACCGAAUGAUUUUAUCACUUAUAUAUUAAUAUGCAAAACUCUUUUGAAAUGGUAAAUUGAAUUAUCAUGUAUCUCAUUAUGGAU